CUCGAUCACUUCUCGCUCAACGAUUUCAACUUGUUUUUUGUUUUUAUUUUCUUGAAUUUGAUUCGUGUUUGGCUUAUUCAUCGAUGUAUUUGUUUUAAUCUGUAGCUAGAGUUAAAAAAAAUCCCCAAAUGGGUUGCAUGCUCUUCUUCCUCGCAAAACCCUUCUUAAACCCUAACCCUAAAUUCCCAAAUCCACGUUCAUUAUCCACCUCUUUCCUCAUAACCAAAACCCCAAAGAAACAUAAAUCCAAACGCCCCAAAUACGACUCUCCCCGUACCCGAUCCGUCACGCCCGACUCCAACAAAAUCCCUCACUUCGAAUCGCUCCUCACCCGCGACGCAAACUUCCGGUUCCUCACCAAAACCAAAGAAUUCCUAUCCAAACAACCCGAACAGAUCCUCCGCCUCGAUGACGCCGGAAAACUCUAUCGGGAACUCGGUUUCCCUCGCGGCCGCAAAGUCACCAGAUCGAUUUCGCGCCACCCGCUUCUCUUCACCACCUACCGUCACUCCGACAACAAAAUCUGGCUCGGGUUUACCCAUUUUAUGGACCAAUUACUCCUGAAAGAGAGAUCAAUCAUGGAAGCAAUGGAAGAAGAUCGAGUCACGAGGGUCCGUAAAUUGUUAAUGAUGUCGAAGAAUAAACGGAUUCCGCUAAGCAAAAUUUAUCAUAAACGGCUUAUAUUUGGAAUUCCUGAGGAUUUCAGGGACAAAAUCGGGAAAUACCCUGAUUAUUUUCGUCUAGUGGUUGAAGAUGAUGGGAAACAAGUACUUGAGUUAGUAAAUUGGGAUCCGAGUUUAGCUGUUAGUGCAUUGGAGAGGGAGUUUUUAGUGAAUGAAGAUAAGGUUAAGAAAGCUUUCAAGUUCCCGGUUAAGUAUGGGAAAGAUUUAGGGUUGGAGGAAAUUGACGUGAAGAAGCUUAACUUGCUAAACACGUUACCGUUGGUUUCACCUUAUUCAGAUGGGUGGAAGUUGGACCUGUGGAGUUUGGAAGCCGAAAAAUAUAGGGUCGGAAUUAUACAUGAGUUUUUGGGCUUGACUUUGGAGAAGAGGGCUUUGAUACAUCAUAUUGUGGAGUUCAAGGAAGAAUUUAGUCUGACUAGACAAACUUACGAGAUGCUCAAGAGACAGCCUUGGACGUUUUAUUUGGCGGGGACGGAGAUGAAUUGGGCGGUGUUUUUGAAGGAUGGGUACGAUGACAAUGGUAAUUUGAUCAAUAAGGAUCCACUAAUGGUUUUCAAUGAAAAGCUUUAUAAGUUUGCUCAAAUGCACGAAGAAGAAGAGAUUUCUGGAUUUAGGGAGAAAUUAUGAGGGGAUGAAAAUUUUCUCAUGGUUAACCUUGUGGGAACUUGUGUAUGGUAUUGUCUAUCAACAAAUGUGAUUGGAUUUGUAUAUGUGGGGUUUCAAGCCUAUGCUCUAGCUUACCAUCUUAUCAUACAAAAACAUGUUAU